CAGCGCAGGGAGAGGGUCGCGCAUGCGCCAGCGCUGCCCCUCGGGUCGGCGGGGAGGGGCGGGAGGGGGGCGGGCGCUGCCACCUCCGUGAGCGCUAUGGCGUGUGCCGCGGCGGCCAAGGGCGGCGGGAGCUCCUUUUCUGACCGGCACGCCCGCCUCCUCCUGGCCCAGAUCAACCGGCUGCGGGCCGGGCAGAGCUUUUGCGAUGUGCGGCUGGAGGUGGGCCCGGAGGCGUUCGCCGUGCACCGCUUGGUGCUGGCGGCAAGCAGCCCUUACUUCGCGGCGCUCUUCGCGGGUGGCAUGAAGGAGUCCGGGCGGGAUGUGGUGAGGAUCGCGGGUGUCGAGGCGGACACCUUCCACACGCUCCUCGACUUCAUCUACACAGGGGUGGUGAGCAUCGGGGAGCACAACGUGCAGGAGCUGAUCGUCGCCGCCGACAUGCUGCAGCUCACCGAGGUGGUGGAGCUUUGCUGCGAGUUCCUGAAGGGGCAGAUCGACCCUUUGAACUGCAUCGGCCUCUUCCAGUUCUCCGAGCAGAUCGCCUGUCACGACUUGAUGGAGUUCACCGAGAGUUACAUCCACGCACACUUCCUGGAGGUGCAGAGCGGGGAGGAGUUCCUGGCCUUGACAAAAGAGCAGCUGGUUAAGAUCUUGCGAAGUGAGGACCUCAGCAUCGAGGACGAGUACCAGGUGUUCAUAGCGGCAAUGCAAUGGAUUUUGAAGGAUGUGGGGAAAAGGAAGAAAUACGUCGUAGAAGUACUGGAGCCUGUUCGAUUCCCUCUGCUACCAGCACAAAGGCUGCUAAAAUACAUAGAAAGUAUUCCGGAUUUCAGCCUUCGGGUGGCCCUACAAACUCUUUUGAAAGAAUAUUGUGAAGUCUGUAAAUCUCCCAAAGACAACAAGGUCAGCAGUUUUCUGCAAGCUUCUAAAGGUCGUCCCCGGAGGAAAGCCAGGAAGUACCUUUAUGCAGUAGGUGGGUACACUCGACUGCAAGGAGGACGCUGGAGUGACAGUAGAGCCCUCAGCUGUGUGGAGAGAUUUGAUACCUUCAGCCACUACUGGACCACAGUGUCAUCUCUCCACCAAGCCCGAAGUGGGCUGGGUGUGGCUGUGGUGGGAGGAAUGGUCUAUGCCAUUGGAGGUGAGGACAACUCGAUGAUUUUUGACUGUACAGAAUGUUAUGAUCCUGUUACUAAGCAGUGGACCACUGUGGCUUCCAUGAACCAUCCCCGUUGUGGACUAGGAGUGUGCACAUGCUAUGGUGCUAUCUAUGCUUUGGGAGGCUGGGUUGGAGCAGAGAUUGGCAACACAGUUGAAAGGUUUGAUCCUGAAGAAAAUAGUUGGGAUGUCGUGGGAAACAUGCCUGUGCCCCGGCACUGCUUUGGGUGCUGUGAAAUGCAAGGUUUAAUUUAUGUUGUUGGUGGUAUCAGCAACGAAGGAGUAGAGCUCCGUUCUGUUGAAGUCUACGACCCAAUAUCCAAACGUUGGUCUGAGCUUGCUCCAAUGGGCACCCGAAGAGCAUAUCUUGGUGUGGCUGCUCUCAAUGAUUGUAUCUAUGCUGUUGGAGGCUGGAAUGAAUCUCAGGAUGCACUUGCUACUGUAGAAAGAUACUCCUUUGAAGAGGAAAAGUGGGUUGAAGUUGCACCGAUGAAGAUACCAAGAGCUGGUGUCUGUGUCGUGGCUGUGAACGGAUUUCUCUAUGCCUCAGGAGGCCGAGCUCCCAGUCAUGAUUUUGCUGCUCCAGUAACCUCUGACUCUGUUGAAGUUUACAACCCCCAUAUGGACAGUUGGACUGAAAUUGCCAACAUGAUAACCAGCCGUUGUGAAGGAGGUGUAGCUGUGCUGUGAUACACAAAGGAGAAAACCCAUCCAAGGGAUGGGUAAAUCUGUCUCCUCAGCUCUGUAGUUUCAUUCACCAGAAACCUCCUCUAACACAGGACCACAGUAGAGGUGGUGGGGAACUAGAUCAGAGGGCUUUUCCUGAGGAAAAAUUAUUAAACCCUUUGCCCUUCAAAGUAAAUUGGCUUAUCCAGUGUCUCUCUCAGGAAGUAUUCUGUUAAGAGCAGGAAUGCCUCUUACAGCUGGAUUAAGCUCACUGAAAUGAAAGGCAAAUUUGCCCUGUAGAAUUCUCAAAUCAUUCCAGUGCAUUAGAAACAUUACUCAUACUGUUAACUGCCUAGGGUGCACCAAAAGCUAGCAUCUUCUGCUGGCCUUACAAUCUGGAAGGAGGCUGCUAUAGACAGCUAGGAGUUAACUGUAGAUAAGAGCAGAUGAGCGACUUGGUUGUCAUCAGUUGUCCUUUUCUGUCAGAAAACAAGAAAGAGAAGGUAACAGAUGGGAAAGACUUGAUGCCUCUACUGAAGACCUUAUGCAUUUGAGACUCUUCUCCUGAUGGAUGUGAUAGGCAUUUAAUAUGAAGUGGAUACUUACUUUCUGGCCACACCACUAACUUGGAUGGUGAGUGGCUAAGAAUUUCCUGUUCUGGAAGUUUAUUCUCACAGUUCUAAUGAUUCAUUCCACUUCAGCACAGGAUUUUCUUCAGUGGUACCAGUGACAACAGUAGAGCUCCUUUUUAUGUAAGCUUUGAUGAAUUUUAAAUGGAAAUGCUAUUCAUUAGAUUAUCUGUCUUUUUUAUACUAAGACCAGUCCUAAACAUACAGGGAAAGCCUUUUGCCUUUCUUUUCCCCGCAGUUAAAUGCAUGACAGAUACUAAGACUUGGCAUUGGAAUUCUUCAAGUUACACACAUUCAUCUUUUUCUGCAUCUUGUAUCUUCCCAAUUUGAGCCAAUGGAAAUUUUUGUGAUAGAAUGAGCUGCAUUCAGCAUAAAAGUGACACUCUGAAGUGUCUAGUCUUAAGGAGUUUGUAUUUAGCUUGGAUAAACUUAGCAGAACAAUACUACUAGGAGUUGGGAGUUAUUUUUAGAUUCAUCAGAUAAUUAACAUACUUGAAGUUGCUUUUUGCACAAUUUGAUUGCAUUUUCUGCACAGCUGCAGAUGAUUUAGAUGAAGUCUGAAAUAAGGCUGCUUGAACUUUGAUAGACAGUAUUAUUCUAGAACACAAAACCACAACUGGAAUGUCACAGAACAGGAAGCCUGCACAGUAGAGACAAAGGAGCAUUCAUGCUGUCUAGGUCAAUAUCCCCUGUGUACAAUUAACAAAUUAAUACACUAAUAAAAGCCUCCAAGGUGUGUGUUACAGAUACCUGAAGAAUCUUGGUCUUACAUUCUAACAUCAGCCUGGGAGAUUGCCAGGCUAAAGCAUGUGAGAUGAUGGAGGAUUUGUUAAUCUCUCUGUUCUAUAAGUUUGUGUGUGCUUUUACUUUGAAAUGAUUUCUUGUGUGUGUGAACUAAUGUUUAUUCUGUCUUUCCCCUCCACCAAAGUUUUAAGUUUGUUUUAAACUUUUUUAAUAAUAAAACGUAUUUUCAGAACCAUCUGUGGGAUGCUGUUGAAUGGGGUGCUUUCCUGUGAUAAUGAGUUGUGUCACUGCCCCUUUCAUAUAAUAGGUCUUAUUUUUUUA